AUGCUACGACCACUGUUACCUCGCACACGGCACUGCCUCCGAAUCUUCCAACGAUCGCUUCACUCAGUGCCAGCUAUUAACCCUGCGUUCAAAGAUGGCGUUCCAGGACUGCUCUCGGUCCAUGGCUUCGAUAUGGCGUGGACACAGUACCAGAGCUUGAUGAUAGACAAGCUCAACCUCGUAGCUGGAGAAACCGCCAACCAAAAAACCGAGACCAUAGCCAUCAGGUACGCCCGCGACCCCGCAUCCGCCCCGAUCUUCAACUACGCCUCCAUGGCUUUCAACAACCACUUCUUCUUCGAGUCCCUCUCCUCCACGGGCAUAGUACCCAUACCCGAGAUCCUCAGACUCGAGCUCGAGAAGUCCUUCGGCUCCAUCGAGACCCUCCGCAAAGAAUUUAUCGCCACCGCGAACGCCAUGUUCGGACCGGGAUUCGUGUGGUUGAUGCGAUCGCCGCGCGGCAAAUACAGCCUGCUGUGCACGUAUCUGGCGGGCUCGCCAUUCCCGGCGGCGCAUUACAGGCAGCAGCCGGUGGACAUGAACACCGAGGACAGGACCGUGUCGGAAUCGAUCCGGAGGCUGCAGAGGGAGGGCGCGUCGAAUCAGGUUGGGGCCCAUGGUCCCUUGAGUCAGGGGAAGUUCGCGCCUGGGGGAGCCGAUCUUACGCCAGUGCUGUGCAUCAAUACGUGGGAGCAUGUGUAUCUUGCGGACUACGGCGUUGGCGCUGGCGGGGUGGGAGGCAAGAAGGCGUAUGCGCAGAGCUGGUGGUAUGCAAUCGACUGGCAGGUGGUGACGAAUCGAGCGGGGCCGAAGCCCUCGACCACUAACUUCCAGAUUUGA